UGGCUUUAUAACUCGCGUUGUAAAGCUGUAUCCGUGGUCAGUGUGCCGAAAUCGUUGCAAUCAUUUCAGAACCACUCGAACCAAACGGCAGGAAGAUGAGCAACGCUACUGCUGAAACCGUUUACGAGCACUUGAUGGCCGGUGCACGACAGAUCGACGACGAGACAAGUCUGCAUGAUAUAAUCGAUCGGGUGGUAGAGAGUGGUCCCCACGACGAGCCGAUCCACGUGCUCGAGGUGGACAGUGUAGUACAGCGAUACACGGAAUGGGUGCGUCACAUGCCACGCGUAAAGCAGUAUUACGCGAUCAAAAGUAACGAUGCGGACGCGAUCGUGGAGACGGUUGUGCUUCUCGGUGGUGGGUUUGACUGUGCAUCCCAGAGUGAGUUGGAACGAGUGCUUGGGCUGGGUGUUCCGCCGGAGCGCAUUAUUUAUGCACAGCCGUCGAAAAGUGUUGCAUCGCUGAAACUCGCACGCCAACGGUGCAUUCGAACCGUGUUCGACAAUGAAUUUGAAUUGGACAAAAUUGCUAAACACUAUCCGGAAGCUGAGCUACUGCUAAGAUUCCGUUACGAUUCGGCCAACAGUAAAAUCAAUCUGGGAACAAAGUUUGGCUGUGACGCUAACGAAGAAGCGCAUCAGCUGCUGGAUCGUGCUCGCGAUCUUGGGAUGAAGGUGGUUGGCUGGUGCUUUAACGUCGGGUCGAUGAGUUACGAUGCGGAGGUGUUUUACGGUGCGAUUCGCACAGGGCGCAGUAUAAGCGAUUAUGCCGCAUCGAUAGGAUUUCAAUUCCGUGUACUUGACAUUGGGGGAGGGUUCGUUGGCGAUAAGGAUGAUAACAUUGGUCGGUACGCCGAUCACAUUAACCGAGCGCUGGAAGAGUUCUAUCCCGACUGCAGUUCGCUGGAGGUGUUUGCUGAACCGGGCCGGUACUUGUGUGCUGGAGCAGUAACGAACGUGGCCGUAGUGCAGGGUAAACGGUACUUCCGCUCGGGGAACACCAUCACCGGCGUUGGGUAUUACUUGAACGAUGGUAUCUAUGGCACGUUCUACAGCACGAAAUAUCGAGGCCUCGAAUCCAAGGCAGUGGUAUGGAAAUCACCCAAAGACUGUGGCCCCGAGCGGGAUACGAAACUGUUUGGGCCGACGUGUGAUGGGAAUGAUUGGUUUAUGGCUGGAAUACGUUUGCCCGAGCUUGCUAUUGGCGAUACGCUAGUGUUUGAAACGGAGGGCGCAUACAGCAGUGUCAAUUCUUGUCGCUUUAAUGGAUUCAAAUUGCCGAAGGUGAUUCCGUACGUGCGGGGCGGUAUUGUGGAAUUGCUGCGGAAAAUAAAAUCACUCAAAGGUGAUGCUCAGCUCAUAGAACAGGCUCUGUUGAGCAACGAACUGAUCAAGGUAAUGAGUGGCAAUCGGACGCCCCUUGUGUUUUAGAACAAACUAAAAAAAAAAAAACAGUGUGAUCUAUCGUAGCUGCAUUACAGAUCACUUUUCAAAAUACAAACAGCAUCAAGCGUAGAACAGAAACUCUUACCUCUACCUAUUGAGCGCUUUACCGUCGCAAUUUUUGUAUGUUUAUGUUCCACUUCCUGAAGUUGACCUUUUUUGUGCGGCUGCAAUUGAGCUGCCGUUGCUGUUUACCGAUCGCUGGCGCUUGAUAAUGUCAAAAAUUAACGUAAUAUACUUUAUUAUUUAAAUUUAUACGCCCCGACACAUCGGUUCGAGAGGCAUCUGGUGGUGGUAGUCCUGGCAGUCCGCUAACGCCGGAAAAGGGAAGCGAAACGCGAAGUACGCACCAUACAGCAAAUACUUUUACACCCAACGCCUGGCUGUAGGGUUUGAAAGGGAAAUAAUUGUUUCGGUUUUAUACGGCUGAUCUUGGCUUCUAAUGGUAAGAAGGGCUUGCGGUAAGUCCUCGGUAACCGAUAGGUCACAGUGUAAUGGUGCCCCGGGCGAACGCACCAUAUGGGCAGUUGCCCUUGCGAUGCGUUACUUCCUUACGAUGCCAUUCGAUGGGAUCACGGUACGGUCACGUAUGAUUCGCGAUAAGAUCUGUUCGCUGUGCUCGGUCGGUAUGCAUGGACCAUCCAGGGGUGAGUUUUUUGCUGUUGUCGCUCUUUGAAUAUGGUUCUAUGUUGACGGCAUCGUUAUACACGAGAGAGAGAGAGGGAAAGAGAGCAGAUGAUUUUUACCAGAACAUGACGGAAGGUAAAAGGAUGGUACGUUUUUUGUGUUUUUGUUGAGAACGAAAAGAUCACUUGUUGGAAACGAAUGCAACUUCUAAUACAAAUUUAAUGAUUAUGAAAAUAUGGUUAUACAAACACGCUGUUUAUGGUGAAUUAAACAGAAUCAUAUGUAAAUGCAUUACUGAUUACUGAUGCAUUGUCAAGAGAAAACGUUUUUCAUGGUUUCAUGGUUUAAACGACAGCACGCCCGAUGAGGAACAUCUGCCGCAAAGCAACCUACACGUAUCGAUGUUUUUUUUUAUUUGUUCUAGUUUUUGUUUUGUUUAGUUUUCAUCUACCUACGAUGGCUUGGAAACAGUAGACAGGCGCAACAUAAAAGGGUGUAGAUGUCCCUUUACUAUUUGUUUUGAUGGUUUCGAGCGAUCGAUUAUGCUUGCUACAAUUAGAUGCCUCAGAAUUGUGGACAAAUCAGCAAUAUCCGGUCGUACUGCACUGUCGAUGCAUUGUGACAGAAUUAAAAUCUCAUUAAUGCUCCAUAAUGGCCUAUUAGUUGCGAUAAGUAGCUGUGCAGUAGGCACAACCCGCACUAUGGUUGUGGGUAGGAUGCUUCAUUACGUUACCGAUCGUUCUGUAGAUAAUGUUGGUUGUACGGAAAACUUUAAACUGAACAAAAAA